GCGAGUUUUGUGUAACAAACUAAAGCACAGUGUUUGUUUUUUUCCUCAAAAAAAAGGAGAAGAAAAAUAAACCAGUGAAAGCAACGAUGUUGACUUGAUGAUCAUUAUGAUUUGAAUGAGUAUUGUUAGGAUGUUCUAAAUUAACUGAUAAAAUAUGUAAAUUUUGUAAUAAAGGGUACAUACGCUAUUUGCUACUCAUAAUAGAAAGGGUAAUCACAAGUGGUGCAUUUGAACCUGCAUUAAAUUGACUUUCGUACAUAUUCUAACUCAUUCUCAUCUCUUAUACAUUUAUUAUUGCAACUCACACUAUGAUGCAUUCAGAAUGCUGGCAAACGCAAAUUUUCUACAGUAACAGUCAGUCAAAAUUCAAUGUUAUAUUUCAUUUCUUAAUAUUUUCAUUCAGUAUUUUUUCAAAUUUCAAUUCACUUUUAUGUUUAAAUUCAUACAACAAAAUUCCAGAUGACUGUAGUGAAAUACCUAAAUAUUCUAGUGUUAUUCGACGACCAGGUGAUGGUAGUUUCGAAAUUCGUAUUCAGCUUCUGCCACCGGAUGUGAAACGUCGACGAGGUAGUGGAAACAAUGGUCAUGUGAUCCUUCAGUCAUCUGACUUAAGUUCACCAAAUUAUAAACCACCUAUUCAUUAUUUAAGUGGUCGAGAUUAUCUGAUUGUCGUUGCACCUAAGCUGGAUUCACAAACACCUAAGAAUGGAUUACGCCUAGAGUCUGUAUACCUUACAGUUGUCCCUUUAGGUACACCAGAAGGAGAAGAAUUUCAUCAAGCGAAAGGAAGAUUUAUGCCAACAGCUUGUUCCAAUCCGGCUAUAGGAGUUAUUCGUUUCGCAUAUAACUUUCCUAGACAUGUUAGUUUCGUGUGGACAAGUCCACCUAACUCAGAAUCAACAACUUUGAAGUAUAACCCAAGUCUUCAAAACUUCAAUGCUUGUCUAGAUAUAAGAGCCACCAUCAUACCAUGGCAUUGGCAUCGUUUCUAUUUUAAAAAUGCCGGAUCACUUCGACAUAUCUUAUGCCCAGCAGAAGAUCUGCGUCAAAUUGACGAAUGGUCAGAGUAUUUACACGCAAAUACGAAGUCAUUCAGGAAAGUUAAAAGUGAUAACGUUAAAGCGCGUUCUAUCACUAAUAUUGGAAAAGCUGAUAAUGAGGAUGGGAAAAAUCACAGAUAUAGUGAUAGUGGUUAUUAUGGGGCUGAAGAGAUGGAUUCUUGUUCUGUUCAAGAGCUGCCAAAACCAGUUCGUUCAUGUUGUGCAUGUAAUACAGCCAUCUAUCGUUUAAUUAUUCAGUCUGACUGGCAACAGCAACAACACUGGAGAGAUUGGCCAACUACAAUUACCGGUACUGGGACUACAUCAAGUGAAAAUCCACAUUGGAGUGAAAUUCUUGGUGCAUCUCACAGUCCUCAAUAUGACAUUUUCCAUGCUGGUGGAUAUGCAAGUCCAGCAGUGGAUGCAUUAUGCACUACAAGUGAUGUUUCUAAGUUGGAGAGUGAAUUUCGCAAUCAAGCUGGAGAGAAUAUAUUGACUGUUAUACGUACAAGGGGAAUAGACUCAGUAGCUCCACCAGAACAGAGGUUUCGUUCUGCACUGUUCGCUGUCAACAGUUCUCAUCACUUGCUAUCGUUUUUGACACGCAUAGUACCGAGUCCAGAUUGGUGUACUGGUUUGUCAAGAGUUGAUAUAUGUUUGCCAAACUGUUCCUGGCCUUUAAGAAUGCAAUUUCGUUUAGAACCAUGGGAUGCAGGUGUAAUGACUGGUAAUACAUAUAUACCGAUUGAAACAUCAGAAAGAUUAAGAGAACCAAAACCAAUGUGUCCAAUAACACCUGAUCUACGACCAAAUACACCAUUCACUGUUCUAACUGAUUAUGUAUCUUUACCGAAUUCCGAUUCAUUCAGUUUGACAAAUCUGAAUACAGUUGGUGCAAAUACAUUUAGAAAUCCUAAUUUAGGCCUGCCAAUGUCGGAUCAAAUGCAUCUUCUAAAUAUCCCAUCAGCCGCAGGACGAAUGCGUAGACAAUUUGCACGACUUGGUACAGUUGAAUUGGAAUUAUUACGCAUAAAUGAGCAUGAAUCAUGCGCUACGGAAAUCCUUCAAGAAGAUCAAGCAGUAUCCAAAGGAUCAGGUUUUCCUCGACAUGAUUCUUAUGCAGGAACAGCUGGUGCAGGAAUAAGAGCCACUGAAACUGAUUCUAGAAGAGGAGCAGGUGACCUACUGGGAACGCGAUGUCACCUGAGUGAAUGGUCACCAUGGAGUCCAUGCACUGAAGUUGACUUGGACACUUGUUCAACUGGUGAAGCUAAAGCUUUCUGGGCAAAUACACCUCCAAGAAUUUGGAGGACAAGACAUAGCCUUGGUCAGUCGAAUGAUCAGGAUUGCUUAUCUGCAAAACUAAAGGAGGAAAGAGCAUGCGACACUGCCACUUCAAAACAAAUAUGUGGACCGAUUCCAGUUAGCACGCCACAAGCAAAGAUGAGUUUUAUGGACAAAUGUAAUACUUUACCGUGGGGUCCAUGGUCUUCAUGCAUUAAUGCUACAUGUACACGUCCAGGUAUGAUUUAUCGUUGGAGAGUUUUUCCUGAUCAUGUAGCAAAGACAGCAUGUGAAAGACAUCCUUUGGCAAGUCAAGUUGAUACGUGUUGGCCACCAUCCAAUUUACACUGCUCUGUAUCAGAACUUCAAACUGCCUGCCAAGAAGAACCUCCUACACCACAAAGAUUAUGCGUUCGACCACUCAACACAACCAAGAGGUACUACUAUUCAUCUGCUAAUAAACAAUGCAAAGAAUUUGAAUACGUUCCCGAAUGUCAUCUACGUGCACUUGUUGCUAACCAUCCAAUCAGCUUAACACGUAAUGUCUUUAAAGACCGUAACAGUUGUGAACAAUUAUGUACCCAUAGGCAAAUUCAAGCUGAUGCUGUUUGGAACCCUAUUGUUAAGAGAGAAAUAGAAAGUUCCCUAUCAGGAUGUGAGCAGACAUUUUUGAAAGGAUCUUUGUGUUAUUCAAACAAAAAGUCGUUUCGUUGGUAUUAUGACCGUCAACAGGAUAAGUGUGUAUCAUUUGAAUACCUAGGUUGCAAUGGGAAUGGAAACAACUUCAGAACAGAACACGAAUGCAAAAUAAAAUGUAUCGACCAGAAAAACACUGCAAAAUAUUCGGUGACUUCAAAUAUGACGAAUAUUAACGAGGAAGCCGUAUCAUAUUUCAAUAAUAGCCAUAAUAAGUGGAUUCAGAUGCCUCAAGAUUGCCGUUAUACUGUAUGGACGGACUGGUCAAGCUGCAGUGCCACCUGUGGACCAGGCACAAAGACACGCAUACGUGAAAGAAUAUCAGCUAAAUCAGAGAACUGUCAAAAGCUAUUACCAGAGGUUGAGCAACAAGAAGCUUGCUUUGUUAAAGCCUGUUGAUUUUCUUUCCUUCAAUACUUUUUCUUCAUUUGCUUAAAUAUUUUCACGUGUUUACCAAUGACUACCUAUAGAGAUAAACUACUUAUUCAUGAAAAGACAACUAAGUAAUUAAUCUCAAAUGCAGUAGUCGGAUCAUACACAAACUAAUUAUUAUAAAAGUGCAUUUAUAUUGCUUUAUUUGUUUGUUUUUUGAGUAGAGGUUGUUUCUCAGUUGAUGACCGAAAGUGGUUGUUAGUGUUAAAUCACUUUCCUUUGCAUUCCGUUUCACUACCUAUGGCAUUUAAUCCUACAAUUCUCAUCCUUCGUCCUUGAGAUAUCACUGUUACUAUUGUCACUUCUACUGUAUUAUUUGAUAUUGUUAUUGUUGUAAACUAAUAAUUCAUCUCAGUGGAAAAUAACCUUCAUUUAUGAACUUGAGAUUACUUCAGUUAAGUUUUCAGAGUGUAUGACUUUUAAGCUUUCGGACUAAAUUAAUCAUCAGGUUUCGAAUAUUAUUCCACAAGUUCCAACAAAUACUAGUGAGAAAAAUCAGUCAGCCAUAGUGAAUUCCCAAUUCAUUUUUAUUCGCCUUAAAAAAUGGAAAACAGAACUUGCAUGGAAGUCACCUCCGACAAUUCGCUUAUUUUAAAUAAUACAAUUGCCAAGAGAUAGAAAUGCAUCGUUUUCCCAGUAUUAUUAUUAUUGUUUACAACACAGAGAAUUCUCAAAUCUGUUGAAGUCAUUUAAAAGAUCUCGAAAUCUGCGAUGGAACAGUUCUGAGUUGACGAACUCUAGAUCAUUCUAGAUCCGAAAGAGAUUUGGAGAUUUAGCUUGUUGUAUUUGAAAACUAGAUUUUGUUUAGGAAGAGGCAUCCAAACUACGCAAGUAGUCAAAUGUGGUGCAGCAAAUAUUCGUUUCCUUGAAACUACGAAUGAUCACUAUAGAACUAUGUUAGCUGACGAGAGAAUCUGUCAAUUCUUUUGUGAAUUAAAAGACACUACAGUCU